UUACAAAUACAAAGCCAUGCGACAAUAUUACAUGCUACCUUUAAAGUAAAUAAGUGAAAAGUGAACUUAUUGAAUAAAUGAAGCUAAAUUCUUUCAUUUUCAUUGAGUGAUUAUAGCUCUUAUUUUUUUUUUUGGGUUCUAUUAUUACAAUCCAUCAUCAAUAAUCAAUCUUACAAAAAUUACAAAAUAUGACCGCACAUUUCUGAUGUACUACCUGUAAAGUUCACUUAGUAGUGUGUAUUACUAAAGUGUUUAACAAACUAAAUUUUUUAUUUAUUUACUAGAUCCUAUAUUAUUGUUGUUUGAAUUUUAAAAAAUUAUGGAAUCAAAAAAUAGAUUUGGCUCCUGCGAAGUGUGCAACAGUGACGUUGCUAAAUACUGCUGCCCAAGGUGUGAAGUGAAAACUUGUAGUUUAUCAUGUGUAAAAAUUCACAAGAAAGAAUUAGAUUGUGAUGGCAAGAAAUACAAAACAGGGUUUAAAAGAUUAGAAAACUUUACGGACGCAGAAAUGAGUCAAGAUUAUAGACUUAUGAAUGAGUUUAUUGAAGCUGUUGGAGAGUUUAAAAUGAAAAUUCAACGUAUAUCCAAUUUAUCUCCAGUAUUUCGAAGAUUACGUUAUCAAGCAUAUCAAAGACACAUACGCUUGCAGAUCUUACCUAAAUCUACUUUGAACAAAAAUAAUACCUCUUUUUUUAAUCCUAAAAUUAAUAAAAUCUUUUGGCGUAUAGAUUGGACAUUUCAUGGCAUAGACGUAAAAUACACAACCCACAAAGUUCCAGAGUAUCAAAAAAUAAAUAAUAUAGUUAGAAACUAUUUCACAACAGAGUUUCAUGAUGAUGAAGUAAAAGAAAAAAUGCAGUUUUAUAUUUCAGCUGGAAUCAAAGGUGUUAUUUUUUUAAUGAAAACACCAUAUGGAAAAUAUUAUCAACUUGAUUCUGAGGACUCAAUAUUGUACAGCUUAAGAUAUAAAACAAUACUAGAAUACCCAGAAAUAUUAAUUGUUUUAUCUAUUCAUAAAGACACAUUUAGUGAUCUUCUUUAUGUUGAGAAUUCAACUUUUAAUAACAAUAAAUCAACAAUUGUGUAGCAUUUAAUAAAUUGUUAAUCAUUACCUGGAUAAACUAAAAGACUAAUAUUUUUUUGUAAUUAGUGGUCAUAUUUUAUGAAACAUUUUUAUCUAUAAAUAUAAUUAUAAGUCAUAUCCAAAACAA